ACUCGCUCCCAAAGAACAAUUUAGUUACGACGGGGGAUCAGUCCGCUGCAGAUGAUCAUGAACUUGAUGUCAGUCGAGUGAAAUUGUGAAAAAGAAGUUGUGGUCGAGUCGGCGACAUUGCGUGUAGUUUACUCCGGGUUCGAAGAAAAUACCCAGUACCUUUGCUUCUGUGCGAAUUCCGGUGUGUAGUAGUAGUGACCUGAAAUCGCGGCACAAAUAGAUCAAAUACAAGAAAGUGGGAGAGAAACUCGCGAAAGAAAUAGCCCAACCCGUUAAAGUGCUCGAAUUUUCCCAGAACGCUCAGGUGGAAAUAAUUUCUUUUGUCGCGGUGUAAGUGGUUUGGAUGGUGAAGAGGUGCUUAACCGUUCCAGCACGCACUUUUUCCAUGAAUAAUUUUGGUGUGCAAGAGGCGAGCGUGAGACCUGGCACAGACAACAACAGUAGAAGGACUGCGUACAACAUCAUGUGAAUAAGUUAUUUAUCUGAGAUUUCAUUCGAUACCAGAGAAAAUUUGAAACUUUCAAGAUGAGUGCCUUAGUUGGAGCUGCAAAUGCAAUCGGUGGUGCGGCGGCCUCAGCCGCAAGUAGCGUUUGGUUCGUCCCAAUGUUGGUAGCUGCAAUUGCUUACUUCCAAUAUGAAGAAAUCAUGGACCCCGAAUCAAAACCAAUCAAUGUACCCUCAUCAGAGCUUCUGGAACAGUAUGACUUUAUAAUAAUAGGAGCGGGAUCAGCAGGUGCAGUUGUGGCGAACAGAUUAACAGAAAUCGAAAACUGGAACGUGCUGCUCCUGGAAGCAGGUGGCGAUGAGACUGAAAUUUCGGAUGUGCCACUUAUGGCUGGAUACCUACAACUGAGCAAAAUGGACUGGAAGUACAAAGCUGAACCGAGUGGCACAUUCUGCUUAGCGAUGAAUAAUGGACGAUGCAAUUGGCCUCGAGGAAAGGUUCUAGGAGGAUCUAGUGUCUUGAACUACAUGCUGUACCUUCGAGGCAACAAAAAAGACUUUGACGGUUGGGAGGCCAUGGGAAAUUCCGGCUGGGGAUAUCGAGAUGCACUCUACUACUUCAAAAAGUCCGAAGACAAUACAAAUCCCUACCUAUCCAUGUCACCUUAUCACUCUACUGGAGGUUACUUGACUAUUGGCGAAGCCCCAUAUCACACUCCACUAGCAGCUUCAUUCGUAGAAGCAGGAGUUGAAAUGGGGUACGAAAAUCGAGAUUUGAAUGGCGAAAGGAACGCGGGCUUUAUGAUAGCCCAAGGAACAACGAGACGUGGAAGCAGAUGCAGUACGGCGAAGGCAUUCUUGCGUCCAGCAAGAUUGAGAACCAAUUUGCACAUAGCUAUGUACUCUCACGUAACGAAAAUUAUGAUCGACCCAAUCACAAAGAUUGCGUUUGGAGUAGAAUUCAUGAGAGACAGGAAACUAUUUCGAAUUAGAGCAUCAAAAGAAGUAAUCCUUUCUGGGGGCUCAGUGAAUUCUCCCCAGUUGCUGAUGCUUUCUGGAAUCGGUCCACGAGCUGAACUGGCCAAACACAAAAUUCCGGUCAUAAAGGACCUUCAUGUCGGAGAAAAUAUGCAAGAUCACAUAGGAUUAGGUGGACUAACUUUCUUGGUCAAUCAACCAGUAUCCAUAGUCGAGAACCGAUUCCACUCAAUGUCAACAGUGCUGCAGUACGCGGUGUUUGGUCAGGGACCCCUCACUAUUCUAGGCGGAGUGGAAGGACUGGCGUACGUCAACACAAAGUACACUAACGCUUCAGACGACUAUCCCGACAUAGAGUUUCAUUUUGUAUCAGGAUCGACCAAUUCAGAUGGUGGGUCGCAGUUGCGAAAAGCUCACGGCUUAACGGAGUCUUUCUACAACUCUGUUUUCCAAAGCAUUAGUAACAGAGACGCCUGGAGUAUAAUCCCGAUGUUGCUGCGACCGAGGAGUGUCGGAUCUAUUAAACUACGCAGUAGUAAUCCCUUUGAUUACCCUCUAAUCUAUCCGAACUACUUAUCCGAUGAUUUCGACACGAAAUCCCUAGUGGAAGGAGUGAAAAUAGCAAUAGCGGUUUCGAGAACCAAAGCAAUGCAGCGGUUUGGGUCGCAGUUGGCUGCAUAUAAAUGGCCUGGUUGCAUGCAUGUCCAAAUGUUUACCGACCAGUAUUGGGAAUGUAUGAUCCGACAUUACACUGUGACCAUAUACCAUCCAGUAGGAACGUGCAAAAUGGGACCCUACUGGGACCCUUAUGCAGUUGUAGAUCCACAACUAAGGGUUUACGGCAUUCGUGGUCUGCGUGUGAUUGAUGGCAGCAUAAUGCCGAAAUUGGUCAGUGCGAAUACGAACGCCGCGAUUAUCAUGAUUGGGGAGAAAGGAUCGGACAUGAUUAAGGAGUAUUGGAUAAAACAUUCCGUAAACUGACACAGGUUACUUGGUUAAUAUUUUAUGUAUAUACAGAGUAGAAAGUCUAUUUAUAAUUAUUGUCGUUUCAUUGUAGAUAUAUUUAAAUUAUCACUCAUAGGUUUUAAGGUAGACUUAGGUAAAAAAUAAAGUAAAAUCGUAUGUA